AUGGCCGAACAUCCUUUGGUUUUGGACUCCGAAGGGGCCAGGCCUCUGAUGGAUGUGGCCUUCCAGCGUCUCAAGGUGGCACACUUGGAGAACCCCUCAGCAGCUGAAGCAGACCACCUCGCUGCCGCGUGCUUGUGCCUGGCGCUGGCUGCCAAGUCACGGAAGAAGGCACCAGUGCGGCGGCUUCCCGAGACAGGCGCUCCGCCCGAGGAGGCAGCGCUGCAGCGGCUGUUGACCCUGGCGCUGGAGGCUCAGGCCACCAUCCCACCCUCCUUGUCGAUGGCUGAGUACCUGACGAAGCCUUUGCUGGCGGCGGCCUUGCUUCCAUCUUCUGUGGACAUGUCUGCUGGAGUGGCCGCGAUCUUGGAAGAGGAGACGUUCUGGCGCGGCGCCAAGCGGGGUGCCGCCUCACGGGGCCCUUCUGUACAGAUCUUUGGAGGCUUCCCCAGCAAGCCGGUCGCGCGCGCGGUGGGCGCCCUGGGGAUGAUGCAGGAGCAGGGCGUGGAACUGCCGACGAACACCUCGCAGCGCGUCUUGCGGCUGUUGGACCUGGAGCGGUUCGAGAAUACGGAGCUGCCCGAGUUGGUGCUGCUCUACCAAGGUCUGCGGGGUUUGGGCCUGGAGAGCCGCAUCAAGGAGGCCCGAGAGCUGCAGCAGGAGCGGCUGAAGCAGCGAGGCGCUGCAGCGGUGCCGGCGCUGGAGCUUUGCGAGGCCUUGCUGGUGCUGAAGACCUGUGGGAGGUUGACUCCGGAGCAGCCCUUCGUCUUCGACUUCGUCCGCUUGGCCGCCAACAACGUCGACCGCCUGAAGCGCGGUGAGCGGCGUGUGCUCCGAACUCUGUUGGAGCAUUUGGCGCAACACUUGGGCUUUGAACCCGGUGUGUCGUGGGUCGACUUGGCGCAGGCGCCUGCGCCACAGCACGCGCCGGGCUCACCGGAAGCGUCCAUUUGCAUGCUGGCCAGGCAUGACUGGUUUUCGCGAAAGAGUCGCGCGCACACGUCCUGGUUCCGCCAGCGGGGCCAUUUGCGGUGA